AUGCCCCGCGCAUUCCCACCCGUAGAGCAAAAUGAUAAAACGAAACGAGCAAACGUGCCUAGAAGCGCCCUAUCUGCAUCUCUGGUUGAGAGCGUAGCCGGCUUCAGCGCUGGCGUUGUCUCUUGUCUUGCCGCCCACCCACUCGACUUGCUGAAGAACCGCCUUCAACUCAACACCACCAGCCGCUCUCGACCUGGCGACUCAUACCGCAUCCUACGCAACGUAAUCAGAGAUGAAGGAGGCGUACGUGCACUAUAUAGGGGACUAUGGCCAAACCUUCUCGGCAACAGUCUGGGCUGGGGGCUAUACUUCCUCUUCUAUGGAAACCUGAAAGAAUUGUUCCAAAGUAGGAGGCAGAAGGGCGAGCAUCUGGGAAGUGCCGAGUUCUUCUCCGCAAGCAUCAUCGCUGGUCUCCUGACCGGUGCUUGCACGAACCCGAUCUGGGUCGUGAAAACGCGCAUGCUUGAGCGUGGCGCAAACCACCCUGCCGCAUACAAGUCCAUGAAAAUUGGCCUUCAACAUGUAUACGAAACUCGAGGCUUGAAGGGGCUCUGGGCAGGCUUCCUGCCUUCGUCGCUGGGUGUGCUGCACGGCGCCGUACAGUUCAGCAUAUACGAGAAUAUGAAGAAAAGACGGGGGACGCAUAUCGGCGGGCAAGACAAGCUGAGCAAUUGGGAAUAUGUGUAUAUGAGCGGUGGAAGCAAGCUGCUUGCUGGAGCAAUCACAUACCCGUACCAACCUAUACGCGCGCGGUUGCAGCAAUACAACGCUGCACAGCAGUAUAACGGGCUGGUGGACGUGCUCAGGAAGACGUACCAGAACGAAGGGUUUCUGGCGUUUUACAAAGGUGUCAUCCCCAACACGCUCCGGGUUAUCCCGACUACGGUCGUCACGUUCCUAGUAUACGAGAACACGAAACUAUAUCUACCGAAGAUGCUUGCGGAUGACGAGCAACUAAGCCACGAUGAAGAUUAG